AGUAAUGAGUAUUUUGCUUUGAAAGUUAGAGAGAGAGAAGAUGAGGGGAAAUAUGCAGAAUUAGUACUAAAUAAACAGUUGGAUCAUGAAAGCGAAAGCACUUUUAGUUUAAUAUUUAUGGCUAUGGAUGGAGGGAAGCCUCCCAAAACAGGGACAACCAAAAUAUGGAUUACAGUCAUUGAUGUCAAUGACAACUCACCAGUUUUCACUCAAAAGACUUACACAGUGACAUUGAGGGAGAAUGCACCAAGUGGGUCUUUAGUGAUACAGGUGAAAGCUACAGACAAAGAUGCGGGUUCAAAUGGCCAGAUCAGCUAUGGCUUUAGAAACAUCCCUGAACAUGCUCGCCACAAAUUCACCUUGGACUCACAAAAUGGGAAAAUUGCAGUUAAGGAGGCUCUGGACUUUGAGGAGACAGAGAAAUAUGUGAUGACAGUAGAAGCAAGAGAUGGAGGUGGAGUAGCAACUCAGUGCAAUGUUGAAAUAAAAUUAAUAGAUGAGAAUGACAAUGCUCCAGAAGUGAUUCUUGUUUCUUUAUCCAGCCCAGUACCUGAAGAUUCUAAAGCAGGAACUCUGGUAGCCUUUAUCAAUGUAAAGGAUUUAGAUUCUGGGGAUAAUGGGGAAAUUACUUGUCAUUUAACAAGCGGUAUGCCGUUUAAAAUAGUGUCAACUAACAAUGAUUUCUAUAAGCUUCUUACAGAUGGUCCACUGGACAGGGAAUGCUCUCCAGAAUACAAUAUCACAAUCACAGCAACAGACAAAGGCACACCCGCACUUUCAACAGAGAAGACGAUCUCCCUGAGGAUUUCAGAUAUCAAUGACAACUUUCCUACCUUUGAGAAAUCCUCUUACAAUGCCUAUGUGUCAGAGAACAAUCCUGCAGGUUCCUCUAUUUUCCGUGUUCGAGCCUCAGACCCAGAUCUGGAACACAAUGCCCAAAUCACUUACUCCCUCCUCAGAAGCAACAUUCAGGAGCUGCCUCUCUCCUCUUACCUCUCCAUUAACUCUGAAACUGGCAUCAUCUAUGCUCAGCGCUCCUUUGACUAUGAACAGUGCCGGGAGUUUCAGGUGGAGGUGAGGGCCCAAGAUGGAGGCUCCCCACCCCUCAGCAGCACUGCCACUGUGAAGGUCUUCAUCCUGGACCAGAAUGACAAGAGCCCUCAAAUCCUUUACCCUUCUCAGGGAGCGGAGGGUUCAGCCUUAUUUGAGAUGGUGCCUCGCUCAGCGGAGGAGGGCUAUCUGGUGACCAAGGUGGUGGCGGUGGAUGCUGACUCUGGGCACAAUGCUUGGCUCUCUUACCACCUGGUCCAGGCCACUGAGCCAGGACUCUUCACAAUUGGGGUCCACAAUGGUGAGAUCAGAACAUCCCGGACAUUUUUGGAAAGAGAUGCUCUCAAGCAGAAGCUGGUAAUUUUAGUGAAGGAUAAUGGCCAGCCACCACUAUCCAGUACUGUGAGUCUUAACCUGGUCUUUGCAGAAAACUUCCAAGAGGCUCUUCCAGAAAUUAACAGUCAUUCCAGAGACCCAGAGUAUCAGUCGGACCUCCAGUUCUACUUGGUCCUUGCCUUGGCUUUGAUCUCAUUCUUAUUCCUUCUGACAGUGAUUCUGGCUAUCUUGACAAAGCUUCGAAGAACAGGGAGCCCCAAAUUUUUGCAAUGUUUUGGUCCUGUUCCUCAUUCAAACAAUGCUGUCCUAUUCCCACCAAACUAUGAAGAAGGGACAUUGCCUUACUCCUAUCAGCUCUGUUUAUCCUCUGAGUCCAGGAUACAGGAAUUUAGCUUUCCAGCACCCAGUGUUCAAAACGCAGAGAAUAUUGUCUGUAAUCAGAUGUCUGAUGUUCUUUUGACAGCUGAUCAAGGAAAUGCCUUAAAUAUAGGUUUGGAUAAAGCUAAUAUGGUGAGUUUUUAUUACAAUACUAUCAUUUAUUUUUAA